AUGGAUACAACCACCCACAAGACGGCGGCGGCCGUGGUGGGAAAAGAAUCCGAGGUGGAACGGCUUCAACUCGCGGCGGCCGUCAACGCAGCGGUGGAAUCAGCCGCGAUCGACACGUUACAGAGGACGCUAGCGGAAGCGUCGGGCGCACUCGAGAUUGCGGAGGCAAGGGAAUCUACCGCGUCCACUCGCGCCAAUCGCGUGGAGGAGCACCGGAACGCGCUUGAAAAGGGCAUUGAUCGACUGGAGAGUGUCCUAUGCGGUACCGAGGAGAUAUCGGAGGAGGAAGUGGUGACGUUGCGUGAUCACGCGCGCGUUGUGGCUGAGGAGCUCACAAAUCUGGAUGAAAUCGGAGAUCCAACCGAGAUUUCCCCACUGCAACACGGGGCCGCUGUUUUCCACGACGAUAUCGUUGCACAGGUUUUUGAACGGCUGUUGGAGGGCAGUCAAGGCGCUCUGGAUUGCAGCGAUGCCUCCGGCGUUGUGCUGUGCGAGCUGCUUAUUUCAAAGCUCCCCAAUGGGGAUCGUCUUGCGUUUGUCAGCCCCGCCGUCUGGCAGCCGGUGGCGGCGUGGUUGACGAAGAAAGCGAGGCGAAUGCGCGAGAAAGCGCAGCAUCACGAGCGUCUCCUCCUCGACAUGAAUCAGGAAAUCGAUCUUCUCUCAAGCGAGCUGAAGGAAUGUUAA